AUGUUUCUGUCUAUUGAAUUUUAUGGAUCUAAGGCAUCACUUACCGGGGCUGACCCAAUAGAACUCGAAAAAGUGUCAGAUAAAUCGUCUUUAAAACCUCUCAAAAUACUUUCAACAGGAUCGUUUAUUGAUUUGAGAAAAGGUGGAGGUUAUUAUUUAGACAAGACUCACUUCAUCUCUAAAAUAGAGGAUCUUAAUGUUCGUGCCAUCCUUUCUCUACGUCCUCAACAGAGAACAAUUCAAACAAAUUUAUACAUCGGAAAAAAACCAACAUCAUUAGCAACAUCAUUUCUCAUCCUCGAACUCGAUUUUUCUGGACUUCGCACUAACGAAACAUAUGACAUCUUUAAUGCGAACUUUCACACAAAUUUGAAUAUACAUAUGUCGUGGUUUAUGGACCGAUAUCAACAAGAGUUGGGACAUUAUUCCCAAGUUAUUGAUGAAAGUGCAGAUGCUUUGGCAAAUUUCUUGAGGCUAUUAAAAGCGGUGCAAUCAAGUGGUCACGAACUCUAUGUUUUUAUUGAUGAAUAUGACGCUAGUAUGAACGAAGCUCUCAGAAACGAAACCAUCCUUCAAGAUCUCACCAAUCAUCACAACAAGGAAAGUGUCUUCAUUAAAAGCAAAAUUGAAUUAAUUGAAAGUUCAUUCAAACAAUUCUACAGUCGUUUGAAGACUGCUUGUGAUAAAGGCAUUACCCGUGUUUUCCAAACUGGCGUAACUCCCGUUGUUGUGGCUGAAUUCACUUCGGGUUUUAAUAUUUCAGCAGAUCUUGCAUUAAGAGAAGAAUUUUGGGAUUUGUAUGGAUUUAAGAAAUCAGAUGUUGAACUUCUCUUGGACAAUGCUUUUGGAAAUGGUUUUCUAUUUGAUGCUAAGGAGGGGGUAAUAAAAUGGUUAAAGGAGGAAUUUGGCGGGUAUUUUUUUAACCCUGAUCAACCUGAAGGCGUUUUCAAUACUGCUUGUAUUCUGUACUGUAUUCAGAUGUUUAUUGGACGAAUGAAAUAUAUAGACUAUAGUGAUGACACUUCAAUUAUCAUAAAAAAGCUUCUUCGCUUUCCUUCCGAUCCGCACACACUGCCCUCACAAACAACGUUGAACUUGAUUAUCAACAAUCCCCUUGGCAAGUCCAUUCUUACUGAAGCACUCAAUCGACGUUCUCUUGAAUCCAAAAAUGGUAUAGAACAACGAUUUUGA